UUCCGUUUGUGUACAAGGUACGUUUUGUUCUCGUCUGACAUUAUUAUGGCUCGUACCAAGCAAACCGCUCGCAAAUCAACCGGUGGUAAGGGUAGCAAAAGUUUACGGAAGAAGUUGGCUGCAAAGGUUGGACGAAAAUCGCCUCGUGACAAGUCUGGUGACGUGAAGACUAAACCACAUCGCUACAGACCAGGCACAGUCGCUCUUCGUGAAAUCCGCCGUUACCAGAAGAGUACAGAGCUGCUGCUUCUAAAAAUGCCAUUCCAGCGCCUUGUUCGUGAAAUCACCGCACAGUUCACCAGUUCUGUCAGGUACCAGUCUGCUGCCAUCGGUGCAUUACAGGAAGCGGCUGAAGCAUAUAUGGUUGGUUUAUUCGAAGACACCAAUCUGUGUGCAAUCCACGCUAAACGCGUCACCAUUAUGCCCAAGGUUCACCUGCUCGCCGAAUCCGGGCGGUCCUUAGACGCUCGGACACAACGGUCAUUUACUGGACUUCUUUUAUUUCCUCAGUAUGAUACGUUUCCAUUAACGAGUAUCGCGCAGCGAAGAUUCAAAAACUGUCAGCCUUUUAGUGAAUACAAGUAUUUUCUGUAUUUCUCUAAUACAAAUAUGGCUCGAACCAAGCAAACAGCUCGAAAGUCUACUGGCGGUAAAGGUGGCAAAGGUUUACGCAAAAAGUUAGCUGCAAAAGUUGGGCGAAAAUCUCCUCGUGACAAAUCUGGCGACGUGAAGACCAAACCCCAUCGCUACAGACCAGGUACCGUCGCUCUACGUGAAAUCCGUCGUUACCAGAAGAGUACCGAGCUACUGAUUCUCAAAAUGCCAUUCCAGCGCCUUGUUCGUGAAAUCACCGGACAAUUCACCAGUACUAUCAGGUACCAGUCGGCUGCCAUCGGUGCAUUACAGGAAGCGGCCGAAGCAUAUAUGGUCGGUUUAUUCGAAGACACCAAUCUGUGUGCGAUCCACGGCAAACGUGUCACCAUCAUGCCCAAAGACAUUCACCUUGCUCGUCGAAUCCGAGGCGGUACCUAGACGCUCGGACACAACGGUCAUUUACUGGACUUCUUUUAUUUCCUCAAUAUGAUACGUUUCCAUUUACGAGUAUCGCGUAAAAUUUCUUCUGAUUGUCAACGUAUAUCAGUGUUAUAUUAUGUGUGUAUAUUGCGCGCCGGAAAAUAGAAUGAAUGUAAUCAUUCGGAAAAACUGACAUGCAUAUCUGAAGAUAAAACCUUUUCUGUUUUGUAAUGCAUUUCAUGUUUACAAAUAGUGAAGCGAUUAUCCUAUUAUUUUGAAAAAACAUAUUUUCGUAAUUGUCGUCUUUGUUUCAAUCAUCUUAGUUUCACAACUGUUUUGUAUUUUACGACCAGAAUAUGUACGCAAUUGUUGUUGUUUAUAUAAAAUGAACUGAGUAAACAUCGUUCUACCUAAAUGUAGCACUUGAUAAAAUAACAUUAGUUUAACAAUGAUUACUAAAUAAAGUGACCGUGGUUUGAUUUAUAUAUUUUCACUUGCCACUUAUAUGAAAUAAAACAUCUUCCCAUUGACUGUGUGACGUAA